ACAUCCACAUCCACAUAAACAAACAACAUCAUCAUCAUUAUUAACAAGACAAUCAAAUUUUGGCACAAAUAAAAAAAAUAUUCUUUUAACACAUAGUUAUAAUGCUAUUAAUCAGCCAACAACAUCAUCAUCAUCAACUUUGAUAUUUGAACGAAUGCAUUCGGAACCGGAACGUACAGUUGUACCAUCGAUCGAAUUGAUAUCACCACCACCAUCAUUGUCAACGACAAAUGCUAUUGAUUCUGUUUCUAAAAUUGAUGGAAAUUCAAUUGAAUGUUCAUCACCGCCUUUGUCAUCGUUAUCCGCUGUCCAAGAACAACAACAACAACAGCUAACAACAGAACAAUCAUCAUUGAUCGAAUUACAGCCAUUGAAUAAUCAUCCAAAUCAUCGUUCUUGUCCAGAUAUUCUUCCUGAUCGUAUAUCAUUGAUGAUGAUGGCAACCACAAAUUUGAAUUCAAGUUUAAAUAGCAAUAACUCAAGUUUGAUUCGUCGUGAUUCAAGUAUUACAAGUAGUAACCGUGGUUCAUUCUCCCGAACAAAUACAUUGAUUUCAACGUCGACGGUCGGAGGACAUCGAUGUUCGAUAAGUGGUGGUCCUACUUCUUCGGGUAUGAAUAGUGGUGGUUCUGGUACAGUAGUAGGAUCUGGUUCGGGUACUGUUAAUUAUGUUGGUAACGUUACUAGCGGCGGUAGCGGAUACGUCUGUCGGGUCAGCCCUCGUGUCAAGCGCCAUCUCUGGCCAUCGCAUGCGCGUUCAUUGUUGAGUUCCCGUUUGGAACAUAGUUUCCUCACACGUACAGUAUCUCGGGAGUCGAUGCGAUUAUCCACGCACGCUCUCAAUGUUAAUCCAAAUAACAACAACAACAACAACAACAACAGUAAUAACAAUAACAAUAAUAAUAACAAUAGUAGUAGUUGUAACGAGAUACAACCUAUGAUGGCUUCGAAUUGUCACUCGGGUACAUCGUCUAACUACCUGAGCUCGUGUCCUCUGUCAUCACAAGGCCCAUAUGCUUUAAGUUCGCAUCUAGUGUACAGUCCAACAACGACAUUAUUUCGAUCACAGAAUUGUGCGCCAAACUGUUUAUAUCAUCAUCAUCAUCAUUAUCAUCAUCAUCAACCACAAAAUCAUCCAUUUCAUCAUAAUCAUAGUAUUACAAGUCAAUAUUCAGGCCAUCAUCGUACAUCCGUACUGGAUAAUGAAAUUGCUGAAAUUGCAGCUGAUUCAUUACGAAUCAAUGGUGCACUUCGUCAAUUUCGUCAGUUAAGAAAUGCAUCAACAUUAUCAAUGCCAGCUGAAGAUAAGGGCGCAUAUAUCGCCACAAAUUCAUUAGAUGUUACAGCCGAUGCUAGUACACCUCUAAUGAAUGCAACCACUGAUCAUCGAUCACCACAACCAUUCAAUUCACAACGUUCAUUUGCCUCUAAUUCAUUAGAUAGUGACAAGAAAAAAUCCACAACAAAUAAAAGUGGCUUCCAUAAGCCCAAUGUGGGCUAUCGUUUAGGUCGCCGUAAGGCCCUAUUCGAAAAACGUAAACGAAUCAGUGAUUAUUCACUAUUAAUGGCCUUAUUGGGUAUAUUAUUAAUGGUUUUUGAAAAUGAAUUAUCAUUACCACACAUCUAUGAAAAGGAUUCCGUCUACUCAUAUGCAGUAAAGACGUUAAUAACUGUUUCUACAUUAAUAUUAUUAGGAUUAAUUCUUGCCUAUCAUUCAUUAGAAGUACAGCUAUUCAUGAUUGAUAAUUGUCUGGAAGAUUGGCGAAUUGCAAUGACAUCACAACGUAUUGCAUUAAUAUGUUUAGAAUUAUUCAUUUGUUCUGUACAUCCAAUACCGGGUAAAUAUGAAUUCGAUUGGACGACGAAACUUGUCAAUCAUGGUGGACGUUUUGAAACCAGAUCGGUUACGGUGCCUGUCGAUGUCAUAUUAUCUUUGCCUAUGUUUUUACGCCUUUAUCUCAUAUGUCGUGUUAUGUUAUUACAUAGCAAAUUAUUCACGGAUGCCUCAUCACGUAGUAUUGGUGCAUUAAAUCGUAUCAAUUUUAAUACACGUUUUGUAUUGAAAACAUUGAUGACAAUUUGUCCAGGUACAUGUUUAAUGGUUGUAUUAGUAUCAUUAUGGAUUAUUGGAUCAUGGACAAUGCGUUUAUGUGAACGACAUCAUGAUGAAGAACAUGCCAAUCUAUUGAAUACAAUGUGGCUUACUGCAAUCACAUUUCUUUCUAUUGGUUAUGGUGAUAUUGUGCCUAAUACAUACUGUGGCCGUGGAAUUGCCGUCUUUUCCGGUUUAAUGGGUGCCGGUUGUACUGCAUUAGUUGUGGCUGUUAUUGCAAGAAAAUUAGAAUUAACUCGAGCCGAAAAACAUGUACACAAUUUUAUGAUGGAUACACAGCUAACAAAAAGGCUAAAAAAUGCAGCAGCAAAUGUUUUACGUGAAACAUGGUUAAUCUAUAAGAAUACAAAAUUAACAAAAAAAGUCAACACAUCUAGAGUUCGAACACAUCAACGAAAAUUUUUACUUGCCAUUUACAGUUUGCGAAAAGUAAAAAUGGAUCAAAGAAAAUUAAUGGACAAUGCCAAUACAAUCACCGACAUGGCCAAGUUACAAAAUAAUGUUUAUGAAAUCGUAUCGGAUAUUAAUGCUAGACAAACAUUAAUUGAUGCAAAAGUUCUUACACUUGAAGAACGUUUAUUAAUUAUUUAUGAACAAAUUGAACAAUUACCUGAAAUGAUCAAAAAAACACUACUAUCAAAUCCACAUCAACGUAGUUCACUGCCAACAUUAGUCGAAAAUUUAACGAUUAAUGGCCAGAAUAUUAAUGUUCCAAAUAAUAAUGCUAGUAAUAGUUUUGAUGAUAGUCAAUCUCAACAACUUCCACCACCAUCAUCAUCAUCAUUACAGCCACCACCACCACCACAAACAUCAUCAUCAUCCCCAUCACAUCAACUAACACAAUCACAUUUAACUAAACAUACAUUUUUACAUCCAAAUGAUGCUGCAUGGCUAUCAUCAAGACCAUCAUGGUCAACAUCAAAUAUAAGUCCAUCAAAUCCAAAUUAUUCUUCCGGUAUUGGCAGUAGUGGUGUACAGCAAACAAUUCAAACUGCAAGUAGUAGUAGUAGCAAUACUAAACAUUAUCUUACACCAAAUGUAUUACGGACAACAUCAUUCGAUACCUGAUAACAAAUCAAUCGAUAAUACAAAAAAAAAUAGGAAAUUUUAAUUUUUUUUAAACAAACAGAAAAACAAAAACAAAAAUUAAUUGUCCAUAUUUCAAAUUUUGUUUUUCAAAAUUCUCUUAUCAAAUCACAUAUAAACAUUACACACAAACACAAUUCAUUGUUGUUAUUGUUUUUAUCUAUUGAAAACACAUAAACAAAAUACCAAUUUUUUUUUCAAUGGUG